CAACCCCGCGCCCGCCCGCCCGCCCGCCCUGCCCCAGUACGUUUUCGGUGAUAGAUCCUUCCAGACCCGAUCCCCUCCCGGAUGCUGCCCGGUCACUCCCCCAGGCGCGUUACUCAUUGCUCCCUGUCUGCUGACGGCCCCUCGGGCCUCGGCUGCCCUGUGGUCAUGUGAGGCUCCACCGACCUUUAACCCAGUCCGUGAGGGUUGGCGUCGCCGGUCCGGGCACGUGAGCGAGCCGGUGACCGUUGGGCACCGGUGUGCGGCCACGGCUGGGGAGAUGUCUGAGAAACUGCGAAGAUGCAGGAAGGAGCUGACCGCAGCCAUAGACCGAGCCUUUGAAGGAGUCAGGCAUUCCCAGGAGUGUGCAGGCCCGCAGAGGCCGGACGCCUCGGCCUCGCUCGCCUCCCUGCCGGUGCACAGACUGCCCUGCAGAAACCCACUGGCUGCUUGCUCCUCGGCUGCCCCCUGCGCUGGUGCCUCGUGUUCUCCUGAGAAUGAGAAUCCCGUCUUUGCGCCACACCAUGUCCCAGUUAAUACAAAACCCCUUCCUUUAUACCCCAAAAGAAAACCUCUGACCAGCAAGGAAAAUGUGUUGAUGCACUCUUCCAUUUUGGCACGUGAAAGACAGUUUUGGAGAGCUGCGGGAGAUGGGGAAAACUGGAGAAAAGAAAGUUUAAGGAAGGAUAUGGAGAGAGACUUAAAAGUUGACCCAAAUAUGCUGCUCAGCAGUUCUAGCCAAGAGGUCACAAAGGAUCUGCUUGAUAUGAUUGACCAUACAAGUAUCCGAACUAUUGAAGAACUGGCUGGAAAACUAGAAUUUGAAAACGAAUUGAAUCGUGUGUGUGGACGCUGCCAAGAUUCACCCCUCAAGGAGGAGGCCUGGGCCCUGCUUGUGGACGAGAGCCCUCGGAAGGCUUUGGAUGCUGACCCUGGUAGCCUCAAGCAGGCUUUUGAUGACCAAAAUAUUGUUGAGACUGUUCUGGACCUGGAGGAGGACUACAACUUGAUGACCUCUUUUAAAUACCAAAUAGAGUAAGGAGAGUUGAUUGUCAGCAGCCACAAUGGUUAUCAGAAGCCAGUCUUUACCAGGGGUUGGCAGAUCCUGAAUUGCCACAUCCUGUUGAGUUCCUGCAGAAUCCCAGAGCUGAGAGCCUGGGCUUUAAUAUUCUGUUAUUUUGAAAUGUUUGGAGUUUUUUUGACUUGACAUUUUUUAAAGUGUGUUUUUGGUUGGUGUUCACUAUAUACAAUACAAACCUUGGUAGCUUGUG